CUUGUUUUCUAGGCUUCUAGCUAAUUACUCCAAAACUCCCAUGGGCGGUGCUGGAGGCUGGAGCACACCCUUCAACGAAGAAAAGAAAAGGAAAUUAUGGAGAAGAGAACAAACGAAUUGCUUAGAUGUCAAAGGAGACAUGGGUUUCUCGUCUGCUUAUCCAGGAAGGUUUCUUCCGCUAACGUUUGGGAGGCUCUUGUCGAUGGGUUCUGUUUAGCUUAAUCUUCUGUAUUUGUUCCCAUUUGUUAAAACUAUGAUGAUGGGUAAUGAUACUGAAGAUGAUGAUUCAUUCUCCAAGCCCCUUGGAAGACGGUCUGUUCUUUACUAUGGCGUGGGGCACAUGCUGAAUGACAUCACUGCUGCCUGUUGGUUUACUUAUCUCUUAUUGUUCUUGACUGACAUUGGACUUUCUCCAAGCCAGCUUGGCAGCAGCCUACAAAACCUAGCUGCCUAGGUUUUUUGACCUCAUGAUCAGCUGAUUUUUUGGGAAAUUGUUGAGCUUUUCACUCUCAAUUUUGUGAGCCGUACUGCAAGAAGAAAGUAUAUAGAGAAGCUUCUCAGUCAGUUGCGUUAAGAGGACUGGAGAAAUUUUUUUCUUUCGGAUGCUGCUACGGUUAUGCUUUCGGGUCAAGUAGCUGAUGGAUUCACAACCAUAUUUGCUGGUGAACUGAUAGACAGGUUUGGACAUUUCAAAGUAUGGCAUGGUGCAGGAUCCAUUUUGGUUGCUGUUUCAUUUUCUUCUGUUUUUGGCGGUUGCAUACCUUGUAAAAUCUUUGCUACCUCUUCAUCAACAUUGCGAACUGUUGGCUACAGUGUGUUUGCAGCAAUCUUCAAUGUGGGUUGGGCUGCUACUCAGGUUUCACAUAUGUCUAUGGUGAAUUGCAUCACGCUAAAUUCAACGAGUCGAAUAGUGCUGAAUAGCUGUCGCAAUGCUUUUACAAUGGUUGCCAAUCUCACCUUAUACGCAGUUGCUCUAAUAGUCUUUGCUGUCACCAAAGCAGAAACAAAUGCUGGUGUUGAAAAUCAGUAUCGCUGGAUUGCAUAUUCGUCAAUUUUUUUCGGAUGCUUCUUCGUGGGCAUAUUUCAUCUUAGAACCAAAGAGCCAAGAUCAAAGGUACAAGGAAAUAGUCAUGCAAGGAUUGCAUGGGCUUACUGGUUCAAGAGAGUUCUGUAUUAUGAAGUUGCUCUUGUUUAUGUGCUUACCAGAUUAGUAAUCAAUGUUUCACAGGCGUAUCUUGCAUUCUAUGUUAUUAAUGAUCUACGAAUGGCCCAAUCAGCUAAAGCUCUGGUUCCAGCCAUAAUCUACAUUUGCAGCUUUAUCGUAUCUGUGAUUCUACAGGAGAUUGCAUGGACUGGCCAACGCCUGAAGGCCUACUAUUCUGCUGGAGGCAUUCUUUGGAUAUUUUGUGGUGCAGCGAUCCUUCUCUUACCUAGAAGCAUGAGUGCUUUAAUGUACAUUAUAUCAAUAUUUAUUGGUAUAGCAAAUGCUUUGAUGACGGUGACUGGAGUAAGCAUGCAAAGUGUUUUAAUUGGCGAGAAUCUUGGUGGCUGUGCAUUUGUGUGUGGAUCAUUGAGCUUCUUGGACAAAAUCUCAUGCGGGCUUGCCUUGUAUGUUCUUCAGUCGUUCCAAAGUUCCUCUCCAGAACUUCAUUUGACCAAUCCAAUGCAUGUCUAUAUUUCAGUUACAAGGAUUGGUUUGGGUCUCAUACCACCAUUUUGUUCACUAGUUGGGGUGGCAGUUACAUACACCAUGAAACUCCAUACCUCCUUUUCGAAACCCAUAAUGGAGCCACUGUUGGCAUAGAGUCUGAAAAAAAACAAUUUCCUGAGAGAACUCUUAUUGUAAGAUGUUCGAGCAUUUGCUGUAGGUUUGAUUAUUUCCCUAGGAAAAUGCUCUAUAGUGAAGCAAUUAUAUAGGAAAGGAUACAAUAUUUGGAUACAGAUCUGGUUCACAAAGCAUGUGAAUUCCUUCUUCUUCAUUGAAUUUAAUUCUUUCAUUGAAGUCAUUGUUGUCAUGCACGCUGGACUUAUUUAUGAAUUUAAUUCUUUCUUCUUCUUCAUUGAA